AGUCUGAGUGGGCAGGCCCGGACGCCCUCCGUUUCCCGGGAGACGGCACGUGGGUCUAGAGCGGCGGGCUCCCCUUCAUGCGGACGCCGCCGCGGCGCGCGGGCAUGGCGUGGGUGCGGUUCCUGCGGAAGCCCAGCGGCAACCUGGCGAGCACGUACCAGCCGGGCAGCGUGCUGUCCCUGGCGCCCACCAAAGGCCUGCUGAACGAGCCGGGGCAGAACAGCUGCUUCCUCAACAGCGCCGUGCAGGUGCUGUGGCAGCUGGACAUCUUCCGGCGGAGCCUGCGCGUGCUGACCGGGCACGUCUGCCAGGGGGAGGCCUGCAUCUUCUGUGCGCUGAAGGUGAUGUUCGCGCAGUUCCAGCACAGCCGCGAGAAGGCCCUGCCGUCGGACAACGUGCGGCGCGCCCUGGCCGAGAGCUUCCGGGACGAGCACAGGUUCCAGCUGGGCCUCAUGGACGACGCGGCCGAGUGCUUCGAGAACAUCCUGGAGCGGAUCCACUCCCACAUCGUGCCGGGCGGGGACGCCGACCUGUGCACCUCCAAGUGCUGCGUCACGCACCAGAAGUUCGCCAUGACCCUGUACGAGCAGUGCGUGUGCCGCAGCUGCGGGGCCUCCUCGGACCCUCUGCCCUUCACGGAGUUCGUGCGGUACAUCUCCACGACGGCCCUGUGCCACGAGGUGGAGAGGACGCUGGCCCGGCAGGAGCGCUGCCGGCCCGAGCUGUUCGCGGAGCUGCUGCAGGCGGCCCACACGGCCGGCGACUACAGGAAGUGCCCCAGUAACUGUGGCCAGAAGAUAAAGAUCCGCCGCGUCCUCAUGAACUGCCCCGAGAUCGUCACCAUCGGCCUGGUCUGGGACUCGGAGCACUCGGACCUCACGGAGGACGUCGUGCGGAGCCUGGCCACGCGCCUGCACCUCCCCGGGCUCUUCUACAGGGUCACGGAUGAGCACGCCCGGAGCAGCGAGCUCGACCUGGUCGGCGUGAUCUGCUACGCCAGCCGGCACUACUGCGCCUUCGCCUUCCACACCAGGAGCGCCAAGUGGGUGUUCUUCGACGACGCCACCGUGAAGGAGGUCGGCGCCCGGUGGAAGGACGUGGUCUCCAAGUGCCUGCGCUGCCACUUCCAGCCGCUGCUGCUCUUCUACGCCAACCCCGAGGGCACAGCCGUGUCCACCGAGGACGCGCUCCGGCAGGUGGUCAGCUGGCCCCCGCACGGGCCCGCUGCGGAGGACGCGGGGUGUGAGAAGCCUUCAAUUUACAAGUCAGAUAAUUUGAAAGAAAACGGACUUGGGGAGCAGGCCAGACAGAGAGAAAAUCAGAAAUUGCAGGCAGAUGGCAUCUCCUCGUGUGGCCGGAGCCACCUUCAGACCAGCGGCGGCAGAGGCCCAGCCCGGCUGAGCCACAGCGAUCCGCGGGAGAGGAUGAAGGACAUCUCCAGGGAGUGCGCGCGGAGGGCCCUGGAGCAGAGGGGCCUGCUCGCCUCGCAGCGGAGGGACGCCGGCCGGCCCAGAGGUCUGCUCGACGAAGACCUCCCCCCGAUCAAGCCCGGGUCACCUCCCGCCCCGAAGGGCGUCAGGCAGGGUGGUGGCAGCCCACGCCCGCCCCACAGGCCAGGGAAGAAGCCGGGCCAGCCCGCCGCGCUGAGUCGCGCUGACACGCAGACGCCGAGCUCCGGUCAGCCCCAGGCCCCGGCCGCAGGACCGAAGGCGGCCGGCAAGGCCCGGGGCGAGGGCGCCACCGGGUACGACACGGACAGCAGCCAGGACUCCCGGGACAGAGGAAGCGGCUGUAGCGGCAGCGGCAGGAGCCGGGGCCGGGGCUGGAAACCGCUGAGAGAGACCUUGAACGUGGACAGCGUUUUCAGCGAGCGUGACAGGAGGCAGCGCAGCCCGCGACAGAAACCGGGAGCCAGCACCAAGCCCGCGUGCAGCCGGGACCCGGGCUCCCACGGGUGGGCCGGCGAGGACCCGCAGCCCCAGUGCCUGACCACCAUCUACGAGGACGACCCGCGGCUGGAGACAGGGAGCAGGGGCUCCCCGGAGUGCGGUGCGGCCGGCGCCACCGGGAGAGGCAGGGGCCUCGGGGAGAUGGGGCCCCUGGGUGACGCCGGGCCAGGGCAGAGGGCCGAGUCCGGCUACGAGAGCAGCGACCACAUCAGCAACGGGUCCGCCCACCCGGACUCCCCGGGCUCCGAGGGCGGCGGGAGCGGGCUGGAGCCCAGCGGCCCGGCGGGCACGGCCUCCCCCAGUGACCAGAGAAAGAGAAGCAACCAAAAUGCAGAGCAUGUGACCUCGUCCCCCCGCCAGAGUAAAAGCCCCUUGGAAGGCUUUCGAAGAGAAUUCGGGAACUUGGAGGUGGGCUGCGACUCUCCGGAGGGCGACCCAGAGCCGCCCCCGCAGAUGAGAAACCCUCCGGGGAAAAGGUCACCGGUGCGGGACGCCAGCGGCAAGCUGCCCCCUUGGUCCAGCCCGCAGACCCGCAAGGCCCGCGUGGCCCGGGAGCGCACUCCCCGCCCGGAGGAGGAGCAGCAGCAGCAGCAGCAGCAGCAGCAGCGGUACGGCCACGGCUCGAGCGCGGGGCAGCCGCGCACAGGGGGCCCCGAGGACACGGGCCUCCUCCCCCACACGGACCACACGGACGACCUUCCUGCGUCCAGGCGGAGGAGGGGGGACGCCGCCAGCCCACCCGGGAGGACCGCUGCUGGGCUGAAGGCGGACCCUGCACCCCUCGCCCCGCUGCCCGGCGCGCCGCAGCCCUGCCCCGCGGUGCCAUGUCCCUGGGGGUCCUGUCCCUCAGAAGGCCCCGCCCACGGGGUCCUGGCCGCCUGCAGGCCUGACGCUGCUCCGGCGACGAAGCUCCUCCACCAGAACCCACCGCCUCCUCUGCCGCCAAAAAAGCGUGUAGUCCCCAGCGUGUCGCCGCCGCCAUUGGGGAGAGACGAGGCCAGACUCCCCGAGGCAGCACCACGCAGAGCCUGUCCUCCCGGUCCCCCGCGGCCCAGUGCGGGCCUGGCCCCGGAGCCGGGCCCCGACGCUCGGACGUGCACGAGGGACGGCAGACCCGCGGGGCCUGUGGGUGCAGCGUGGGGCCGCCCGUGCAGCCCUGCGGCCGGGGGUGCCCACGCCAACGCGGGGCCCCCUGUCCCUGCACGGUGCCAACCAGGAGUGGCUGCCGGCCCCGCCUGCCCGAGCGAGCCGGUGUCACUGACCACCUACUUCUCGGUGGACAGCUGCAUGACGGACACCUACCGACUGAAGUACCACCAGCGGCCCCGGCUGUGCCUCCCGGAGCGCACGGGCUCCUGCAGCGAGGCUGCCGCGGCUCCCGGAGGAGGAGGAGGCCCGGGGCGCACUGCUCCGCCCAGCAGAGAGGUGGACCUGGGCCGCCCCGCCGUUGGAGACCCGUGAGGAUGCCCUUGGGCCCUAAGGGCGGCACGGCACGGGAACGCACUGACCAAACCCAGCGGGGAAGGCAGCACACACCGUGGCCGUUUCGGAGCAUCCUGGAAGCACUUGGAUGAUUCUCUGGGUG